GUUUCGGAAGCCCUUCGCCUUGCGCCUCUUCGUCUCCCUUGGGAGGAAGCAAGAUGAACAAGUCUCCAGUUUUUCCGAUGACGCCGGAGGCCAACCACUACAGCGACUACGGCUUCGAUCCCCAGAUGGACUACUUCCAGGUGCUGGAGGAGGCACGGCGGCACUCGAAGCGCAGUGACCCGCGCCCGCUCGACUCCCUCCACUGCAAGCUCCAGAAGCCCAUCUCCAAAGACGACGCCAAGUCCAAGAAGCGCCGCCGCGGUUGGUGGAAGUCCGCCUUCCUCUUCUGGAGGCGUCCCAAGGUCAGCUCCGAAGCCGACGAGCAGCGCUGCUCGCAGCAGCGGCCCCACAACGCCCACCGGUCGGCGGUCUCGGGACCCAUAUACGCGACGGAGAGCUGCGGCGGGGGGCGCCGCACCAGCCGCCCGAGCUCCGGCCCGCUUACGGCGGCGGAGGUCGGCGCUGAUGCGGCGGGGCUUGCCUACCUCAGCCUCAGGGACCUCAGCUUCGUCGACGGCCGCCGCGCCUCGACCCACGCCGCGGUCCCACCGGCGAUGCCCAUCUACCUCGUCACCUGAAUGGGUCCGCAGCAGCCGUGCGCCUCCUCCUCCUUUUUGCUUUUGCCCUGUCAGGCUCUCCUUCUGUGGGCCUCCCGGUGGUAGACCUCGUAACAAAGAUUGCAUUUUCCAUACCCAAUCGGAAAGGCGAAGGCUCGCAAAAAGGCUAGCUUUUUAUCUUAAUGUUGCUUCUCCUCGGAAUCGAUGGUAGCUUUUCCCUUUC